AUGGGGAAUACUUCCUCGAUGCUCACGCAGUACGACAUCGAGGAGGUCCAAGAGCACUGUAACCACGCUUGUAAGGACUCACUGCCAUACCUACCUACCUCUCUCCUCUUUGUUCCCUUUCGAUCGCUAGGGAUGGCCAGUCUUUUCCUUCUUUUUGUGAGGUGAUGGUGAUUCUUUGUAGAUGUUAUCUGAAUAUGCUUUCAAUUCACUAGUUUCGCAGCAAGAGAUCGUAUCGUUGUACAAGAGAUUCUGCCAGCUCGACCGGAGUGGCGGUGGGUUUAUCUCCGCGGAUGAAUUCUUGUCGGUUCCCGAGUUCGCCGUCAAUCCUCUUUCGCAGGUUUUUACUCUGAUUUUCUCUUUUCCAAAUCCAGUAGCUUUGGAUCAAACAAUGGUCUCUGUAUUCCUUUCCACGAGAUAUUAAUAUCAAACUUGCGUGUACUAUUUAUUCGGGAAAAUAAAUCAGACUGAAAAUUGCUCAGUAGAACUGCCUUCCUUUAGUGUUUUUUACUAUUCUAUGAGCUGUUAUUUUACUUUCCGCUGAUUUCAUGGAUCAUUCAGAAUGUUUGAUGUUUCAUUCAGCUAUAAAUAGACUUGCAAUUAUCUAUUAUUUUAUCUACUAUCUUCCACUAAUUUCAGCGAUUGUUAAGAAUGGUGGACGGAUUGAACUUCAAAGAAUUUGUGGCGUUUUUGUCUGCAUUCAGUUCUCGCACGAGUCUGCAGCAGAAGAUUGAAUGUAAGAUUAGCUAACCGAUUUACUGGUACUCAUUUCUUGAAGGAGCCAUUUCGUUUCGAUUCCCCAUUGCUCAACAUCAUUCGUGAAAAAUCCUGAAAUUACUCGGUGCAGUCAUAUUCAAGGUAUACGAUUCUGAUUGCAACGGAAAAGUUACAUUUGAUGAUGUCCUGGACAUUUUGCGGGACUUGACGGGCUCAUUUAUGACCGAACAACAAAGGGAGGUGGGUUGUGGCUUUGUCCUAUCUUCUGUUAUUUCAGUUCCUGGUGUCUACUUAGCUUUCCGUUCUCAUCUACUCAGGAAUUAAUGUAGAUAGCAAACUUCCAUAGUCUAGUUUUACCUUCCAUAUUUCUUAUUACGUGGAUCAGAAAACCCAUUGCGUGAUUCUCUAUUUAGCUUUGAGACAGAUAUCUAUCGUUAAAACAUAUGGAAUGCAGAUUGAUUAUUCAAAAUUUUGAAUGAUCACAUCGAUGAAGUGUUGGAGGAGAGUAGGAACCAAGAUAUGGGAAUGAUCAUUGCAGAUAUUCUGGGAACAUUUAUCCAGUCACAGAAACCAUUUAGUCUGCCAAAUAAGAGAAAAUUAUUGAUAUCUUCACUACUCUAAUUUGGCAGUUAGAGUAGAGACAAAGUUCUGAUAUCUAAAAAAAAUAUAUGAAUCAUUAACAGUAUGAUGAGCAGUAUAUUUCUUCACUAGUUCCUUAUAUUGUUUGAAGGCUGAAGCUCACGUUAGUUCCUCCUUGGUAGUUCGCUGGCUUGAUAUUCCCUCUGUGAUGGUCUGCCAACUUGUUUCAUUUCCGGUUUCAGAAAGUUCUGACGUAUGUUUUGGAGGAAGCAGGCUACACAAAGGGUUCUCUCCUGGACACAAACGACUUCACCAAGGUAAUUUUUUCCUACCUUUUUGCCCCCUUCAAGCAUUAAUAGCUACCUUCUCCCUUUGACUCAAUGAAGUGGGGGGUUUUGGUUACACCUUCUCGGUGGGUUGCAAUAUAUGUGCCUAUUUUCCUAAACUAAUGUUCGAGACUUAUUUGCUAUUUCUACUGAUCUUUGAAGUGAUUGCUUCCCGUGGUUAUCAGAGAUGGGUCGCCCAUCGCCUAGAGCUAUUCUUUAUUUGAUGCGAGGAAUCUGGCUAUUUAAAAUUAUGACAUAAAUCUGGCAAAAAAUCAUAUGUUUCUUCCUGCAACCCGGUGAUCUACUCUGAUGCAUCUGUCGCAUGAUUUCUACCCGUCAAGAUAUGCACUGGAAUUAAUCAGCCAUAAGCCAAAGUUUUUGCACCCAAAUGAAUUAUAUUCGAAUUACUUACUCUUGCAUUCUAGGAAGUCAAUCGGAUGUGGAUCUCUGUUCCCCAUUCCCACUAUUUUAUGGCAAUUUUAUUCAUAAUCAAUGCCCUUGGAGGAUAGGUUCUAGUUUGGGGCCAAUUUUUCCUCCAUGGUGAAAUUAUUUCCCAGAUCCUUUCCCUCUGAAUGCAAAAACAUUAACAACUUGAGAGAGCGACCAAACCAUCAUUCUCUCCACCUGCUUACUAUUCUUGGAAGCUCAUUGGGUUCUCUUACUCGAUCCACUGUUCAUCCUCCAUGGCUGCUGAGGCCCUCAGAUCUUUCCCUCAGCUAGCAAACCAUCAUUCUCUCCACCUGCUUACUAUUCUUGGAAGCUCAUUGGAGUCUCCAGGCUGCUGAGGCCCUCAGAUCUUCCCCUCAGCUAGCAAACCAUCAUUCUCUCCACCUGCUUACUAUUCUUGGAAGCUCAUUGGAGUCUCCAUGGCUGCUGAGGCCCUCAGAUCUUCGUUGCAGGUUCUCGGGAACCCCGGUCUGAAGAUGGAGGUGGAAGUGCCGGUCGACUAG